AUGUCGAGUACAACCUCCAGGGAGAAACUGCGAGUGGGGCCCCCUUGUACAAAGCCGCCGCAAGCGAUCUCCAUAUCUACUUUGACCCCAGCUGCGAUGGUGGAGCUGCAGACUCCAGGUGGAUCAUCAGCUACCUGCCUGGCACCCCGGACAGGACUCUUACAAACGACUUGGACGGGGAUGGAGCUUGCAGCUACGUGGCGUACAUCUCUUCCACAGCGACCACGCCGCCACUCAGCUCCUGGGCAUCAGACAGUUCGCAGAAUCAGCCUUUCAGCGCACAGCUGUUUAGAAGCUUAG